UUCUUAACCACAAAAAAAUUUGUUUGGCUUGUGGCUUGUCGAAAAAGUGGAAUACGUAGAGAAUUGGUGAUCCACUUUUACUUUGAGAACAGAUUUUUAGUAUUAUUUUAAUUGUGCUCUCACAAUCAAUAAUGGCUAAUAAUUCAACAAGAUCGGCUUCGGUCGGAGGCCGUAGUGCGGUAUUUGAAGAUUUAUCAAACGUUGAAUUCGAAACUAGUGAAGAUGUUGAAGUUAUUGAUAAUUUCAAUGGUAUGAACUUGAAAGAACAGCUAGUGAGAGGAAUUUUCGCAUAUGGAUUCGAGAAACCCUCAGCUAUACAACAGAGAGCCAUCAAGCCAAUAAUGAGAGGGAGAGAUGUAAUCGCACAAGCACAAUCUGGUACUGGUAAAACAGCAACCUUUUCGAUUGCAAUUCUUCAGCAACUGGAUCUCACUGUUAGAGAAACACAAGUCUUGUGCUUAUCACCCACCAGAGAAUUGGCAGUACAGAUCCAGAAAGUUAUAUUAGCCUUGGGAGACUUCAUGAACGUUCAAUGUCACGCUUGCAUAGGAGGUACCAACUUAGGAGAAGAUAUAAGAAAGUUGGAUUAUGGUCAACAUGUUGUUAGUGGUACACCCGGAAGAGUUUAUGAUAUGAUAAGAAGAAGAGCUCUUCGAACUAGAUCAGUGAAAAUGCUUGUUCUUGAUGAAGCUGACGAGAUGCUGAAUAAAGGAUUCAAGGAGCAAAUUUAUGACGUCUAUAGGUUUUUGCCGCCUUCAACUCAAGUAGUUCUCAUUUCAGCUACUUUACCCCAUGAAAUCUUAGAAAUAACUUCUAAGUUUAUGACAGAUCCCAUAAGAAUCCUUGUUAAACGUGAUGAAUUGACAUUGGAAGGGAUAAAACAGUUCUUCGUGGCUGUUGAACGUGAAGAAUGGAAAUUUGACACACUAUGUGAUUUAUAUGAUACCUUAACCAUCACUCAAGCAGUUAUUUUCUGUAAUACCAAACGUAAGGUAGAUUGGUUGACUGAGAAAAUGAGGGAAAACAACUUCACAGUCAGUUCAAUGCACGGAGACAUGCCCCAAAAGGAAAGGGAUGGAAUCAUGAAGGAAUUCAGAUCUGGACAAAGUCGAGUACUCAUCACAACAGAUGUCUUAGCUAGGGGUAUCGAUGUUCAGCAAGUUAGUUUGGUAAUAAACUAUGACCUCCCCAACAACAGAGAAUUGUACAUACAUCGCAUUGGUCGUUCUGGUAGAUUUGGCCGUAAGGGUGUUGCUAUCAACUUUGUCAAGUCUGAUGAUAUCAGAAUUCUGAGGGAUAUUGAACAGUACUAUUCAACGCAGAUCGAUGAAAUGCCAAUGAACGUAGCAGAUUUAAUUUAAUUUUUUUUAUAUUGGUUAACAAUAUGAAUGAAUUUUUAUUUUUUGGAGUACUAUAGAUUAUAAGUGAACUGAAUAAUAAUUAUAAUUAUUAAAUGUU